GCAGUAAUAACGCUUAGCUUGCGAGUUAUUAAUCCGAUUCCGGGAAGCUCGAAUCUGUAGAUUUAUCGCCAACUUUACUCAACUAACGUUUGACAAGUUUGUAAGAGGAUUGAGGAACGCAAAACUGAAAGAGCGCUUCAGAAAAACAACCAACCAUUGUCUUUUGUUUGCCUAAUAAUGGAUGUCUGCAAGAUGCUUGUGGAAAUAGGCUACAACCUGCACAAGAUCUGAUUUUUGAACUACUGUCAUCUUGUCUCCCUGUUUUCAACAAAAUCAGUCCAUAAUGGCACAGCUAAUGUGAAGGCUGAGGAAAUGUUUCCUUAAUGCUCACAUUAACUGAUUGGACUCCACUGAGAUUGAUGUGACAUGUUCACUUUAAGGAUUACUCUUCUCAUUACAGUUAUAGUUCGACUCAACUAUGAUCUUUGCUUUUGUCGAUGUGCUCAUGCCGAGUAUGAAAUAGAUGGGCAAUGCUGCCCGAUGUGUGCUCCUGGAAACUGUGUUGUUUGGCACUGCACAGAUGACACCAGCACAACAUGCGUCCCAUGCCCUGAAUUCACUUACACAGAUGAACCCAAUGGCUUAACAAAAUGCUUUACUUGUGCUGUGUGUGAUGCAAACAGAGGGGUACGAGUGAAUAAAGCAUGUACUCGGUCGUCAGAUACUGUUUGUGGGCCACUGGAAAGAUUCUACUGCAUUGAUCGAAAUAAAGACAGUUGUAGAUCCGCUGUGCAACACUCUGAAUGCAAACCUGGACAAUAUAUCAAACAAGCAGGUACUGGCUCCACAGAUACUGUGUGUGCUGACUGCUCAGAUGACACAUAUUCAAACGGAUCUUUCUCGUCCUGUUUACCACACACUAAAUGUCAUGCCAUUGGACUUACUGAAACAAAUCCAGGAACUAAAUCAUCUGACAGUGAAUGUGGAAAUCCCCUGACUGACUUAACAGCCAUUGCUGUUGGUGUUAUAGUUCCUUUAUUAAUAAUUACAGGAGGUGUUUUUACAAUUAUUUGUUUUCGAAAGAAGAAACAUUCAGUUCGUACAGGAAUACAGGAGACAGGAAAUGAUUUAACUGGAAAAGCCAGCAUAAAAGUUGUUGGUGGCAGGAUAAAUGCUGAGACAGUCCGUUUGGAAGAACAAGUCCUAAAUACGUGACAGUUUCCAGACUUGUCUUCUCAUUCUCUAAAGAAUUUGUCAUGCCUGAAGUCCAGCAGACAGAGCCACUAACUGUCCUUUAAACAAACUGAGGAACCUCUUUGACCAGCGACGGCUCUGCUAAUGCUGUGCCAAUAAGCCUCAGAAAAAAAGUGACAAUACCAGUGUUGCAACUAUGAACAUGAGGAAUAUUACAAAACUGUGAUAACACUUUUUUAGUUACUUUUGCACAAUAUUUUUUUUAUUGAUUACUUAAAUGUAUUAAUUUUGCAUUAUAUUAAAUCAUUUUAAAACACUAAUGAAUGCUCACUUACAAUUCAUACAUAUAUGUGUGGGGGGGUUUUUCCCAUGAACUCCUCAGCAGUUACUUUUAUUAUAAUAAAAUGUCAGUGUUCUAUAUCA